AUGGCGAGUGGAGGUGGAGGUGGGCAGGGGGAGAUUGCCCUGUCUGUUGAGGAGACGAACAGGCUGCGGGCGGAGAUAGGACUGAAGCCGCUCAAGAUGGACGACACAGGGGGCGACAAGCAGAAACAACCAGGUACACACACACACACACACAGCACUCACCCAAGACGCGACAACUCAGUCUGUCUGUGUCUGUCUGUGGUGUGUGUCGUUGGUUGAACGGCCAGGUGAUGGUGUGGAGGAAGAUCAGCAGCAGCCUGACGCGCAGGAGAUGCGCGAGCGCAUCGCAGCCUCCCGCUCACGCCGGGCGAGGGAUGAGAUCGCUGGAGGGAAGGGGCUAGGUACGUCUUUAAGGAGGAGCGCACACGUCCAUCUGCCGUCAGUAGGUGUUAUUAAUGUCUUUGCCUUGCUGUGUGUGUGUGUGUGUGUCGUCUAGGUGAGAUAUUGGCCGGCGAGGAGGGCGGCGACGCCGCCGACUGGGUGGCCAAGAUGCGACAGAAAGAGGCGGCCAUGCAGCAGGUGCCUUCGUCCGUGGCGUAGUGUUCGAUGCACACACAGAACUGUGUGUGUGUGUGUGUGUGCAUGUGUGUGUGUGUAGGAGCAGCCCUCCGAAGCAGCAGCAGCAGCAGCGGUGCCCAAGAAGAAGGAGAGACGCGCAAGGCCCAAGGCGCCCAAGAUGGCCGCUGAAGACGAACUCGCGGGGCUGCGGGUGAGUGGCUCACAAAAACACACACACACACACACACACACACACAGAGAGAGAGAGAUGUCUGUGUGUGUGUGUGUGUGUGUGUGUUGAUUGUGUGAAGGUUGCGCACGACAUGAAGGCCUUUGGUGAGGUACACGAGGGCGAGGAUGUCGUGCUCACGCUCGCCGACAAACCCAUCAUUGGGGACGAUGCGGAGUUGGCCGAAGGUCCCGACGAGCUCGAGAACAUCGCUAUUAGGGAGAAGACGGCGCUGGACAAGAAGCUCAAAGGUAUUGUGUCGGCCUGCCCACCCAGCAUCACACGUGUGAACGUCGACCUCUCUCUCUCUCCCUCUCUCCCUGUGUGUGUGUGUGUGUGUGUGUGUGUGUUUCAAUGGCAGACAAGGAGAAGACCACUGUGUAUGACCCCACCGAAGACUGGCAGAUCGGUACACACACACACACACCCCUACCCACACACACACGGGCGCAUCCCUCCUGUGACAUGAUGUGUUUAGGUCCCGACGGCCUUCCGCGCAAGAAGGACGUGUUGGAGCACUACGACGAGUGGGCGGCCGAGAGCAGCAAGAAGAAGACAAAGACACCGGGGGGAUUCUUCCUGUCGGCACUCGUCAAAGGAGGUAUGCACGUCUGUCUGGCUGUCUGGCUGUCUGCGAAGAUACGAACACACACCAAUUGUCCACAAUUGUCCAUAUCUCUCCCUCUCUCUCUCUCUCUGUGUGUGUGUGUGUGUGUGCAGAUGCGGAUAUCUCGCCGGCAAAGAAGCUGGACCUCCUCACGCAGAGCGCACAGCAGGUACGCUCACACGCAAGCCGCACACACACUGACUGACCGACCGAGCGGCAUCAAAGGCGUGUGUAGUAUGGGCAAACACACAUUCCUCUCACCCUCCCUCCCUCCCUCAGUCGUACUCCCAGCCCGCCGACUUCUACACCAAAGAAGAGAUGGCCAAAUUCAACAAACCGCGGCGCAGGAAGGAGAAGAAGAAUGCACGGUACACAACCACAACCACGCCCUCUCUCAACCCACCCCCCCUGACAUCUGUGUGUCCAUGGGUGUGUGUGUGUGCAGCCGCAAGGUUGACUGGGAGGAGCUGCUGGGAGAGGGCGAGGAGGAGGACAGAGACACGGGCGAGAGGCAUGCCGGCAGCAGGGCGUCGCAGGCCCAGAGGAUGGAGGCCGAACGGUGCGGGAAGAGACGGAGGGAGGGAGGGAGGGAGGAAGAGGGAGGCACACUUGGAUGGAUGGAUGGAUAUGUGUGUGUGUGUGUGUGCAGGCCCGAUUCUGCUGCAGCGGUGGCACAGACGCUCAGGCAGCUCGAUCAGAGGUACAUCCUCCCUCCCACACACACAUGGAUGGCUCUGAAGAUACAUACAACCACGGCGGCGUGUGCGUGUGCGUGUGCGUGUGCGUGUGUGUGUGUGUGUGUGCGUGUCGUGCUUUCACCUUCUCCAGUCGUGGAGCAGCAGAGGGCGAGGCGCCCCCAGAGGAUGAGGACGAUCGCAUGCUGUACGAGCAGCUCGCGAGACAGCGGCGGAUCGCACUUGCUCAGCAGGAGAGAGAGAAGAAACCUGACGAGUAAGCCACCACACACACACAGAGAUGGAUGGAUGGAUGGAUGGAGGCUCUGCAUCUGUGUGUGUGUGUGUGUGUGUGCAGGGAUCUUGAGAAUGGCGACGGUGUCGGCAGGGGCGGGGCGGAGGAGUACGUCAGGAAGGUGAUCGAGGGGGACCUGGUCAAGAAGGAAGAAGGUAACUAACCGAGGCCCGUGGGACGGACGGACGGACACACCCACACAGACAGAGAACACGCCUCUCCCUCUCCCUCUCGCUCUCCCUCUCGCUGUGUGUGUGUCUGCAGAGGAGGACGUUGAAAUGAAGGCCGAGGACGAAGCGGCCGGCGUCAAGAAAGAAGAUGAGUCCAACGGUCGGCUCACACACACACACACACACACACACAGCCCACUUAUCUUUAUGUGUGUGUGCAGUGGAGCUGUCUGCCUUCACGGAGUUCAUCAAGUCGCUGCAGACGCCCGAGGAGAAGUUCUCGGCCAUCCACUCAGAGGGCUACACCGGCAGCAUGCUCUACAGGUCGGUCAGCUAGUUCACACACACACACACGCACACACACGAUGGGUAAGUCAAUGGAUGGAUGGACGUGAUGCAGGCAGCAGCGCCUGGCUCGGCAGCGCAAGCUGGAGAGCAGAAUCAAGGGCGAGAGAGCCGGACAGGUAACAGACAACAGCCCCAAAUUCCCGACCGACCCCACCCCAAACACGCGCGCGUGUGUGUGUGUGUGUGUGCCUGCAUCAGGCUGAGCCAGCAUCAGCACCAGCAGCCAAGGAAAAGGCCAAGGAAAGAACCAAGGACAAGGAUGACGAGCAGAUGGCCGACGCUGCAGCAGCAGCUGGUGGUGCAGAGGAGGCCGCGGUCGGGGAGGGGGAAGGAGAAGAAGAGAGCGAUGAAGACGAGGUCAGUGCCACCCCCACCCCCCCACAGAGAGAAAUGGAAUUCCCCAUUCUGUGUGUGUGUGGGUGCGUGUGGUGGUUAGGACGAGGAGCUGCUCAACGACUCCGCCAUGGACGUGGGCCUCGCGAGCGCCCUCUCCUUCCUCAAGAGCCGAGGUACCCACCACCCCCUCAACCACCCCCUCUCCCCUUCUGCACACACACAUACGGAUUUGUGUGUGUGUGUGUGUGCAGGUGAGCUGAGCGACGACGCUUAUCGCCUGAAGCGGCACCACCCGACGCUCAAACCGAUGCACAUGGCCACCGACAAGGAUGACAUCAAGAUAGAGUACCGAGACGACUACGGGCGGGUCAUGGUAUCGUUCCGCACACACACUGAUGGGAUGCCACACACCUGGAUGGAUCAAUGGCAUUGGCGUGGUUUGUUUUGUUUCUUCAGAAUGAGAAGGAGGCUUUCCAAUACAUCAGCUGGACGUUCCACGGGCAAGCGCUACACACCCACCCCACACACACGAGUUUCUGUCUUGAUGUGUGUGUAUGCGUGUCUGUGUGGCUCUGUGUGUGCAGUAAGAAGCCCGGCAAGCGGAAGCUGGAGCGCAUGAUGAUGAAGCAACAAAACGGUACGCCCAGAUGGAUGGAUUGAUGCUCUUGAGCCACACCUCUCCCUCUCUCCCUCUCUCCCUCCCUCCCUCCCUCUCUGUCUGUGUGCAGAGAAGCGGUUGAAGGAGAUGGACCCGAGCGAGGUCAUGCCCACCAUGAGAGCCCUCAAGAAGAUGCAGGUGGGUGCUCACUCGCACGCAGACAUCCACUCGCACACACACAACUCCUUUCUGUGUGUGUGUGUGUGUGUGUGCGUGCGAACCACCAGGAGCAAGAGGGCGCUGCCCACCUGCGGCUGACCGGGACCAACAACUCCCUCAGAAACGCAUAGUCAGAUAAACAGACAGCCAGGACGGUGGAGGUGGAGGUGGGUGCGCCGCAGACUAUUGCCGGACGGUUUCCUUUGCUUUGCUCGACGAUUGGCUUUGCAUCUUUCUCAUUAUCGUGGCUGCGUACCGUCCCCGGGAGGACCCAAUCAAUCUGAAAGUUUGUGUGCCGCUGUGUCAGUCCGGUGUGUAUGGACGACUGACACCGGGAGAGGGAGACACUCUAAGGACUGGACCACACUUGUUCAUUCGUUCAUUCAGUCCUUAGAGUCCUUAGUGUCAGUGUCUGUGUGUGAGCCGUCCGACAGACACGGACACAGAGAGAGAGAUGGGAUAAAUAAUGCGAGCAAAUGAGAG